ACUCUAUAAGCUUCGUUGUUUCCCUCCAAAUUGAAGAAUUUGGGGAGGGUUUUCGCUUCAAAGCUCUAGGGAUCGCAUAACAGCCAUUCUUUCAACCCAACCAUCCAUGGCGUCAUCUUCUUCUGUUGCGUCAGGCCCUGACAUCCCAUGGGUCGAGAAGUACAGGCCCACCAAGGUGGCCGACAUCGUCGGCAACGAAGACGCCGUCGCCAGGCUCCAAGUCAUCGCCCGUGACGGAAACAUGCCCAAUCUCAUUUUAGCUGGUCCUCCUGGCACUGGUAAAACUACCAGUAUACUUGCUCUUGCUCAUGAACUUCUGGGGCCAAAUUUGAAGGAAGCAGUUCUGGAGCUAAAUGCAUCAGAUGAUAGGGGGAUUGAUGUCGUUAGAAACAAGAUUAAGAUGUUUGCUCAAAAGAAAGUCACGCUUCCCCCUGGCCGCCAUAAGAUUAUAAUUUUGGAUGAAGCUGACAGCAUGACAACUGGAGCUCAACAAGCCUUAAGGAGGACGAUGGAAAUAUAUUCUAACUCUACUCGCUUUGGUCUUGCCUGCAACACUUCUUCUAAAGUCAUUGAGCCUAUCCAGAGUAGAUGUGCCCUAGUCCGGUUUGGCAGAUUAUCUGAUCAAGAGAUCCUUGGACGACUUAUGGUAGUGGUUGCUGCAGAAAAGGUUCCUUAUGUACCAGAAGGUCUUGAGGCAAUUAUAUUUACUGCUGAUGGAGAUAUGAGACAGGCUUUAAAUAACCUGCAAGCGACAUACAGUGGAUUCGGGUUCAUCAACCAAGAAAAUGUUUUCAAGGUAUGUGACCAACCCCAUCCCCUUCACGUGAAGAAUAUUGUACGCAAUGUACUUGAAGGGAAAUUUGACGAUGCUUGUGUGGGUUUAAAGGCGCUCUAUGAUAUGGGCUAUUCUCCCACUGACAUUAUCACAACCCUUUUCCGGAUUAUAAAGAACUAUGAUAUGGCAGAAUACCUGAAAUUGGAAUUCAUGAAGGAAACUGGAUUUGCACAUAUGAGGAUCUGCGAUGGAGUGGGAUCGUAUCUUCAGCUAUGCGGUCUGCUAGCCAAACUUGCAUUGGCUCGGGAGACUGCAAAGGCAGCAUGAGAAAACACCAUUGCAGUAGUAAUUAGAAAUUUCAAGCAUUUCUUAGUAGUAAUUAGAAACUCAUGUAUGUGCCAGGACAUGCAACCUUUCUAAAUUGGCCAAACUUAGAUUAUCAGGCAACAUAGUUGCACAAGGGUGUUGUACUGUUAUGUGAAUCAGUGAAGCUUUGGCCUCUGCUGCACUUCUGCUCCCAUCUUGAAGAAAUGCUGAUCAUCUUUGUCUGUCUUUUGGCAUUUAACAAUAGGCCAAUUGCCUCUGUUUAUGUUCAA